GGGCGGAGAGCUGCGCGGGCACUGGGCCUCUGGGAGAGAGAGGGCGGGCGCCACGCACCGGACCGCGCGGGCUGGGAGCGCGCACGCCGUGUCCCGCCCCCGUCCUCGCCGUCGCCGCUGCAGCCGCCCGGGAGCUGUUUCCGCCACAGGUGCCUGCAGAUGGUGUCCAUUGUCAGUGCUGUCCAACGUGUGCCAGGCUGAUCCAUGGUCACUUUCCGGGAUGGCAGCAAGGUGACUUCAGCUGAGGAUGACCCUGACUGAAAGGCUGCGUGAGAAGAUAUCUCAGGCCUUCUACAACCAUGGGCUGCUCUGUGCAUCCUACCCCAUCCCCAUCAUUCUCUUCACGGGGCUCUGCAUCUUAGCCUGCUGCUACCCACUGUUGAAACUCCCCUUGCCAGGAACAGGGCCCGUGGAAUUCACCACUCCUGUGAAGGACUACUCGCCUCCACCUUCAGCUUCUGACCACAAGCCAGGAGAGCCUAGUGAGCAGCCAGAGUGGUACGUGGGUGCCCCGGUGGCUUACAUCCAGCAGAUAUUUGUGAAGUCCUCAGUGUCUCCCUGGCACAAGAACCUCCUGGCAGUAGACGUGUUCCGCUCACCUCUGUCCCGGGCCUUCCAGCUGGUGGAGGAGAUCCGGAACCACGUGCUGAGAGACAGCUCUGGGACCAGGAGCCUGGAGGAGGUAUGCUUACAGGUGACCGACCUGCUGCCAGGCCUCAGGAAGCUCCGGAACAUCCUUCCUGAGCAUGGAUGCCUACUACUGUCCCCUGGGAACUUCUGGCAGAAUGACCGGGAACGCUUUCAUGCUGACCCUGAUAUCAUCGGGACCAUCCACCAGCAUGAACCCAAAACCUUGCAGACCUCAGCCACACUCAAAGACUUGCUGUUCGGUGUUCCUGGGAAGCACAGCGGGGUGAGCCUCUACACCAGGAAGAGGCUAGUCUCGUACACCAUUACCUUGGUCUUCCAGCACUACCAUGCCAAGUUUCUGGGCAGCCUGCGGGCCCGUCUGAUGCUCCUGCACCCCAGCCCCAACUGCAGCCUUCGGGCGGAGAGCCUGGUCCAUGUGCACUUCAAGGAGGAGAUUGGCAUCGCCGAGCUCAUCCCUCUUGUGACCACCUACAUCAUCUUGUUUGCCUACAUCUACUUCUCCACACGCAAGAUCGACAUGGUCAAGUCCAAGUGGGGGCUGGCUCUGGCCGCCGUGGUCACAGUGCUCAGCUCGCUGCUCAUGUCUGUGGGGCUCUGCACACUCUUUGGCCUGACACCUACCCUCAACGGCGGUGAGAUUUUCCCCUACCUUGUCGUGGUCAUUGGGCUAGAGAAUGUGUUGGUGCUUACCAAGUCAGUGGUCUCGACCCCAGUGGACCUCGAAGUGAAGCUGCGCAUUGCCCAAGGCCUAAGCAGUGAGAGCUGGUCCAUCAUGAAGAACAUGGCCACGGAGCUGGGCAUCAUCCUCAUUGGCUACUUCACUCUCGUACCAGCCAUUCAGGAGUUCUGUCUCUUUGCCGUUGUGGGCCUGGUAUCUGACUUCUUCCUGCAGAUGCUGUUCUUCACCACUGUCCUGUCCAUUGACAUUCGACGGAUGGAGCUAGCGGACCUGAACAAGCGGCUGCCCCCUGAGGCCUGCCUGCCCCCAGCUAAGCCAGUGGGGCGGUCAGCGCGCUUCGAGAGGCAGCUGGCUGUGCGGCCGGCCACACCUCACACCAUCACACUGCAACCAUCCUCCUUCCGAAACCUUCGGCUCCCCAAGAGGCUGCGUGUCAUCUACUUCCUGGCCCGAACCCGCCUGGCACAGCGCCUCAUCAUGGCCGGCACUGUUGUCUGGAUUGGCAUCCUGGUGUACACAGAUCCAGCAGGUCUGCGCACCUACCUCGCUGCCCAGGUGACAGAACAGAGCCCACUGGGCGAGGGAGCCCUGGCCCCCAUGCCUGUGCCUAGUGGUGUGCUGCCUGCCAGUCACCCGGACCCUGCCUUCUCCAUCUUCCCACCUGAAGCCCCGAAGUUACUUGAGAACCAGACAUUGCCAGGGGAGCCGCCUGAGCCGGGGGGUCAGGCAGAGGGCGUCCAUGACAGCCCAGCCCCAGAGGUAACCUGGGGGCCUGAGGAUGAGGAACUUUGGAGGAAAUUGUCCUUCCGCCACUGGCCAACGCUCUUCAGCUACUACAACAUCACACUGGCCAAGAGGUAUAUCAGCCUGCUUCCUGUCAUCCCGGUUACGCUCCGUCUGAACCCAAGGGAGGCCCUGGAGGGUCGGCACCCUCAGGAUAGCCGCAGUGCGUGGUCCCCGCCGCAGCCCGCGCAGGGUGGGCUCUGGGAUGCUGGCCCCAAGGGGCCAGGCGUGGCACAGGCGCAUAGAGACGUCACCCUGUACAAGGUGGCAGCACUCGGCCUGGCCACGGGCAUCCUCCUCGUGCUGCUGCUACUCUGCCUGUACCGCGUGCUCUGCCCUCGCAACUACGGGCAGCCUGGUGCAGGGCCCGGCCGGCGGCGGCGUGGGGAGCUGCCCUGUGAUGACUACGGCUAUGCACCGCCUGAAACAGAAAUCGUGCCCCUGGUGCUGAGAGGGCACCUCAUGGACAUUGAAUGUCUGGCCAGCGACGGCAUGCUGCUGGUGAGCUGUUGCCUGGCGGGCCACGUGUGUGUGUGGGAUGCACAGACCGGGGACUGCCUCACCCGCAUCCCGCACCCAGGCAGGCAGCGCCGGGACAGUGGUGUUGGCAGUGUGUUGGAGGCUCAGGAGAGCUGGGAACGCCUGUCGGACGGCGGGAAGUGUGGCCCGGAGGAGCCUGGGGACAGUCCUCCUCUGCGGCACCGUCCCCGGGGCACUCCGCUGCCUUCCCUCUUCGGGGACCAGCCAGACCUCACGUGCUUGAUCGACACCAACUUCUCUGCACACCCGAGGCUCCCAGAGCUGGAUCACCCGGAGCCCCGGCACCGGUCAGGCUGCCGCCGCACUCAGGACUGUACAGGCUAUGACUUCAGCCGCCUGGUGCAGCGAGCAUAUCAGGAGGAGGGAAUGGUUCCCAUGCACACGCCAGCCCCGUGCCCACCCUCACCUGGGCCCACGCCACCCCAGACCCCUGAGGAUGAAGGCAGCUUUCCUCCGGAGAAGGGCUCCCCUUCCUUCACCUGGGCCCCCAGUGCAGACGGCUCCAUCUGGAGCUUGGAGCUGCAGGGCAACCUCAUCGUGGUGGGGCGGAGCAGCGGCCGGCUAGAGGUGUGGGACGCCAUUGAAGGCAUGCUGCGCUGUAGCAGUGAGGAGGUGGCCUCGGGCAUCACAGCCCUCGUCUUUCUGGACAAAAGGAUUGUGGCUGCCCGGCUCAACGGUUCCCUUGACUUCUUCUCCUUGGAGACCCACACAGCCCUCAGCCCCCUGCAGUUCCGAGGGGCCCCAGGGCGGGGCAGUUCCCCCACAUCCCCUGUGUACAGCAGCAGUGACACAGUGGUUUGUCACCUGACCCACACAGUGCCCUGUGCACACCAGAAGCCCAUCACGGCCCUGAAGGCCGCUGCCGGGCGCCUUGUGACUGGGAGCCAGGACCACACACUGAGGGUGUUCCGUCUGGAGGACUCAUGCUGCCUCUUCACCCUGCAAGGCCACUCAGGGGCCAUCACGACUGUGUACAUUGACCAGACCAUGGUGCUGGCCAGCGGAGGACAAGAUGGGGCCAUCUGCCUGUGGGAUGUGCUGACUGGCAGCCGGGUCAGCCACAUGUUCGCUCACCGUGGGGAUGUCACCUCCCUCACCUGUACCACCUCCUGUGUCAUCAGCAGUGGCCUUGAUGACCUCAUCAGCAUCUGGGACCGCAGCACAGGCAUCAAGCUCUACUCCAUUCAGCAGGACCUGGGCUGUGGUGCAAGCUUGGGCGUCAUCUCAGACAACCUGCUGGUGACUGGUGGCCAAGGCUGUGUUUCCUUUUGGGACCUAAACUACGGGGACCUGUUACAGACGGUCUACCUGGGGAAGGACAGUGAGGCCCAGCCUGCCCGCCAGAUCCUGGUGCUGGACAAUGCCGCUAUUGUCUGCAACUUUGGCAGCGAGCUCAGCCUUGUGUAUGUGCCCUCUGUGCUGGAGAAGCUGGACUGAGAGUGAGCAACAGCCAUAGCCCCUUGGCUGGCUGCUCAGGGGCCUCUCUGCCCUUCUGGCUGUGGGGCAAUGCACUGGAUCUGGGCUGGGGGGAGGGGAGGAAGAGCCGAGUCUUCCGGUAGGCCCUCUGAACUGUCCUAUCCUGCCUCAUGACUGUAAUAUUAAACCUUUUUUUAAAUGACA